GUGUUAGAAUGGUAACUUUACGGCGAGUAACAACAUCGCUACCGUUUCAUCGCCGUCUGUUCAUAUUUAUCGCCGUUCUUAGCGCAAGUACCUGCCUAAGUAUUUAUUCGAUUACAAAAUACAAGUUAAGUCACCAAGUAUUUAAACUGGAAGAAAGAAGUCCAAACCCAAUGUAUAACGCUCAUAAUGUGUUUACUAAUAUAAACCAAAGCAUAAAUGAAACCAUAUUUCCACAACAUACAAGUUCUAACCAAGUGAUAAAUAACCAAGCUGUGCUGCAAAGAUUCCAGCCACGAGUUAUGAGACUCAAUGGAUCAGUGGUACCAUCAGUGUAUGGCACCGAUCGUAAGGCUUACCAACGUUAUAUUGAUUAUCUGGCAAGAAGAGAAGAACCUCUUCCACUGCAAAAGAAAGUUGUCAUUAUAUUAACCAACUUUAGAUCAGGUUCUUCUUUCUUUUCUGAGUUCUUAAACCAACAUCCUGACGUUUUUUACUCGUUUGAACCUCUGAUCCCUGUCUCACAUAGAGAUCUAUGCAAUGAAAAUAUUCCGCUAAAACGGAAGAUAUUGUCGGAUAUGGCGCAAUGUAUUGUUCCAGCAUGGCUACAAAUGUAUAGCAAGUUACCGAAGACAUUACGACACAUAUACAACAGAAACAUUGAAAGUUGUGUUCGGAAAAGAUUCUGUUUUGCUCCUUUUACUGCAGAGCUUUGUACAGAUGAGCAUUGCGUUAAAAGCAACACCACCACAAAGCCAUUUGACUGUUGGGCAGAUUGUGGUGUUUACAACCAGAACCUCGUGGAAAAUACUUGCAGAAGAAAGAAGAUGACGGCAAUCAAGUUGAUUCGGCUUUGUGAUAUAAAUGUACUGAAGGAGUUGGUCACAGAUUAUAACUUGGAUCUGAAGGUGGUCCAUUUACUGCGAGACCCGCGUGGGAUCGCUAACUCUCGUCAUCUGUUGUCACGACGACUCGAUAUCAACCAAUCACUACGCAGCACUUGUAAUCGACAAUUUACCAACGCUAAUGUUGGUUUGUAUGAACAACCUGAUUGGCUGAAACAUCGGUACAAGUUGUUCCGAUACGAAGACGCAGCAACCAACCCGUUCAAGGUUGCCAAGUCACUUUAUGAUUUUGUGGGCUUAAAUUUCACCAAUGGUAUUGUGGAUUGGAUAGCAGAACACACAGGACAAGUUAUACAAAGAAACACAAGUGAUUCUCCCAAUAUCAAUGGUCCAGUUCAACAAAUACAAAUACAAGCCAACAACAAUCCUUGGGGGAGGACGAGAAACUCUAAGGAAGUUUUUCAAAAAUGGACUCGUCGCCUCCCAUUUAUAAUUGUUCGUAAAAUUGAAUCCGUUUGCAAAGACACCAUGGAGUUAGCAGGUUACCUACCUUUAACUAACGUACAAGAUUAUAGAUACAACAAAACAAUUCAAUAUUUUACACAAGAGUUUUUAAAAGAUAGACCUCAAAACUGACCAUUGUGGAUCAUUAUGGCAGUAAUUUGGUUAUAAAGUUGUGUAGAAUUAAUGUAGAAAUGAAUUUUUAUUUGAAAUUACACUGUGGUGUACUUAUACCUUUAUCAAGGUUUAAAACAUCGGGUACUUCCCAAAUUUUGUUACUUGUUUUUAAAAGUUAGUAAUUACCAAUUUUUGUAACUUCGAAUUUUUUAACUUUUACACACAUAUACUGCUGUAAAAUUUAUAGCAUAGCAUUUUUUGCGGAAUAUUUUAGAUAAAAACUUCCAAAUACGAUUUAUUAUGAAUCUGAAUAUGAAAUAAUCACUGUUGUUUAAGUUGCAAUCAAACUUGUAUUAGUGUUACUUGACUAGUAUUAUUAUUAUGUGUCUGAUAUUAAUAUACAUCAUAACAGUUCAGCAUUUUUACGAAAAACUGUAAACUUCUUUCCGAAUCAAAUUUAUUGCCGAUAAUUUGUUGUUUUUCUCCAGUGCUUCUCAACCUAUUGCCCCACUACCCUAAUAUUAAACAUAAAUGAAUAGCAAAAAUUACAUUUAUCUUGUAAACGGUGGCGCAGCCAGAAAAAAAUAAGGGGGGGGAGGGUUUAAUCAAAAAUUUUUUUUUUUUUUUUUUUUUGUUAUUAUUUUUUGGUUUAAAAGGGGGGGGGGGGUCGCGUCUGGCUGCACCACUGCUUGUAAGCAUAAAAUGUAUUUUAACCUUAAUUUUUACUGUAACAGUACAAACAAUUUUUAUUCUAUAAUCUAGUCAACAUACACUAAACUUCCAUUAUUUUAUGUAUUUGAACUUCUGUAUUAUAUGGCCAACUCAAAUUACGACCUUUUUUGUGUUGCAACCCAGGAGUUGAGAAGCACUGCUUCCAACUGCAUUUUAAGUCUUUAUUUUUCAUAAUACCUCAUUAAUGUAUUUGUAUGGUAGUGCGGCAUUCAUUCAUUGGCCAGAAAGUGGUUCAUGCUUUUCAUAGUGUUAUAUUGUGCUUAUUGAACUGUUUAAUAUUCAUACAAACCUACUAUAACUUGUAAUCAUAUCAAGAUCAUACUUCUGUGUUUAUUCUAAAGGUUGUAACCAACAAGGUUGAACUGCCGCAUUACCAACCAAAGACUAAAAACUGAACUUAGUGUAAUUACUUAAUCAUAUUUAUUAAGUCGAUACUGCUGUAUUAAUUAUAAAGAAUGUAAUUGAACUGCCACAUUAACAAAUUGAACUAAAAUUAUUUUCUUCCGCACAAGUUCGUUUUAAUUAAAUAAUUAAAUAAAGACUAAAGAGUGGGGUAAGAUGGUCUAUGAUUAAAUUCUUUUUUAUCUCCCAUUUGGUAGUAAAUAAAAAUAUCAACAGAUUUAUAUAACUGUAUAAAAAACUGUAAAUAAAAGAUCCAUCUUACUCCACAGGCUACAGUAUUAUAUAUAUAUGCUGUAAAUUGUGAACAAAACUGGGUUAAAAAAUGGAAGUGCCAACCUUUAUUAAUAUCCCGUAGAAUCACUUGUUCAUGUUAUACUGUUUGGUAGAAUGAUGUUAUAUUACAUAUAUAUUAUUUUUAUUUUGGACAUCAAUACGUAUUUUAUGCUUAGAAAUUUGUUUUAUAUUUUCUUAAACACAUUCUGCAGUUUGAUAUACACAACUAAAUGAUGUUACACAACUUUCCAAUCAUAAGUAAAACACAACAUCAUAUGUACGAUAUCCACGUUGAGGUAAUGGGCCUAGCCUAUAAAUUGGGCCCAUGACGUGCCAUGCUAUAGAGCCUCACCCACAUAGAAUAGACUAGAACUGUAUCUCAUGAAUUGUGAUUUUUUCUAAAAUUAUUUGCAGUUUUUAUUGUUUUCUGUUUUUUUUAUUUUUCUGUAAAUUUACCCAAUACUUUUAAUCCAUUGUUAAAAUAUUGGGUUCAAAAUUUAUAAUUUUGUUGCUAAAUGUUCAAACUCAUAAAUUUUGAUUUUAUUUAAAAUUUCUGUGAGUUACUUUCUGUAAUAGUGUUAGAUUUUUAAUAAAUGGAAUUUAUUGAGA